UUGUACAUUAUAUAACAGCCUUAUCAGUGGAGUUGGGCGGAAUAUUGGAAAAUAUUUUUGAUGGUAUUCAGAGGCCUUUGAAAACUAUUGCUAAAAGAUCUGGUGAUGUUUAUAUUCCUCGUGGUGUCUCUGUUCCAGCGCUUGAUAAAGAUACACUUUGGGAGUUUCAGCCUAAAAAAAUUGGUGAAUGGGACCUUUUGACUGGUGGAGAUUUAUACGCUACGGUUUUUGAGAACAGUUUAAUGCAACACCACGUUGCACUUCCUCCUGAUGCAAUGGGAAAAAUAACAUACAUUGCCCCACCUGGUCAAUAUUCCCUGAAGGAUACUGUGUUGGAGCUUGAGUUUCAAGGUGUCAAAAAACAGUUCACAAUGCUUCAGACAUGGCCUGUGCGAACUCCGAGGCCUGUUGCAUCAAAACUAGCAGCUGACACUCCUCUGCUUACGGGUCAGCGUGUUCUUGAUGCCCUUUUCCCUUCUGUUCUUGGCGGGACUUGUGCAAUACCUGGAGCUUUUGGUUGUGGUAAAACUGUCAUUAGUCAGGCUCUUUCAAAGUAUUCCAACUCUGAUGCUGUUGUUUAUGUUGGUUGUGGGGAACGUGGAAAUGAAAUGGCAGAGGUCUUGAUGGACUUUCCACAACUUACAAUGACAUUACCUGAUGGCCGAGAAGAAUCUGUUAUGAAGCGAACAACGCUGGUGGCUAACACUUCAAACAUGCCUGUGGCUGCUCGUGAGGCUUCAAUUUAUACAGGAAUCACUCUAGCUGAGUACUUUAGAGAUAUGGGCUACAAUGUCAGCAUGAUGGCAGAUUCAACAUCUAGAUGGGCAGAAGCAUUGCGUGAAAUCUCUGGACGGCUGGCAGAAAUGCCUGCAGAUAGUGGAUAUCCUGCUUACCUUGCUGCACGUUUAGCUUCUUUCUAUGAACGUGCUGGCAAAGUAAAAUGCCUUGGAGGUCCCGAACGUACUGGUAGCAUCACAAUUGUUGGUGCUGUUUCUCCACCUGGAGGAGAUUUCUCUGAUCCUGUGACAUCUGCAACCCUUAGCAUAGUUCAGGUUUUCUGGGGUUUGGACAAAAAGCUUGCCCAAAGGAAGCAUUUUCCUUCUGUGAACUGGCUUAUUUCCUAUUCAAAGUACUCGGGUGCAUUGGAAUCCUUCUAUGAGCAAUUUGAUCCAGAUUUCAUAAACAUUAGGACAAAGGCUCGUGAAGUGCUGCAGAGAGAAGAUGACCUCAAUGAAAUUGUCCAACUUGUAGGCAAGGACGCUUUAGCUGAAGGAGAUAAGAUCACAUUAGAAACUGCAAAGCUUUUGAGAGAGGAUUAUCUUGCUCAGAAUGCUUUUACUCCAUAUGACAAAUUCUGUCCCUUCUAUAAAUCUGUUUGGAUGAUGCGCAACAUUAUCCAUUUCUACAACUUGGCAAAUCAGGCAGUGGAGAGGGGAGCUGGUACAGAUGGUCAGAAGAUCACAUACACCCUCAUUAAGCAUCGUUUGGGAGAUCUCUUCUACCGUUUAGUGUCGCAGAAAUUUGAGGAUCCAGCAGAAGGUGAAGCAGCUCUGGUUGGCAAAUUUAAGAAGCUUCAUGAGGACCUGACUAACGGUUUCCGCAAUCUUGAGGAUGAAAUCCGAUAGAUUGUAUAAUUUAUUAAUUUUAGAUUGCAAAAUGUGUUGAUGGUUUCAUUCAAAGCGGUGGUCAAGGAAUCCUGUGGUUGGGGUGAUUCUUUUGUUCGAGUUGUGCAGGAAUCCAUCCUUGUUAGGUCGUUCAGAUCACAUCAUUUUCCUGCUACAGGUUUUGGCUAUUUAUAUAUUUGCUUUGUGGAGCGAGUUUCUCAUAUUCUUCUCCAUAUGUAUUUAUGCAAAUAAGUUUUUGUUAGAAAUUGAAAUGCUCCCAGACAGCUGUGAUUCAAGUUUAUUUUGGGCACUCGUUCAGUAUUGAAAACUUUGCUGUCAUGUAUCUAAUAUAUAUUUAUAUAUUUA